GCGCUUCCUUAGGUCCCGGGUGGAGGCAGCUGCUGUAGGAGCGUGGAGCAGGGUUUUUUGAAAUAUAGUCUUUGUGUAAAAAGAGACUAGAACAUGUCAAAAAGUCUUACCUUGGAAACUUCAUGAGUCCCACAGUGAAGAGUGAUCCGCAUGCAACAUACAGUUCAUCUCCAGACACCUUAGGAAAUGAAUUUGAGAAAAAGCAACAGAAUCGAGAGCUGAAUAAAAGAGCCAUGCAUUUAAAGACACCUGCAAUGGAUUGGUUUGGUUCAUCCUACUGAUGAGGUUGUGGACUAUGUCUUUGGCUGACACAACAGAAGCACACACGAAUGAGCAUUUCCCCAGUCUGGCAUUAGGAAGCAACAGGAAGUCUGCAGAAGGCAAGCAUAGCCCUGGUGCUGGCGGCCUGUCACGGAACAGCCGGGCUUCCAGUGGGAGCGUGGACUACAGCAGGUCCCGGUGCUCCUGCACAAGCCUGACUUCUCGCUAUGACUACUCAGAAGACUUUCUCUCUGAGUGCUCUGAGACAGCUGUCAGCAGACAUCAGCCAGAGCAGCUUCUGGGGAAAGAAAAGGAGAAAAGAAAGUAUAACACAUGUAAAUUCCCUCAGCCUAAAGGCCAGAAGGACAUCCCAGCUGAGAAAAGGCACAUCUGGAACGCUUCAUUUUUCAGUUCUCAAAUCCAAACGAUUGCCAAGAGAAGAGACACCAUGACACACCGGAUACUGUCAGCCAGGCUCCAUAAGAUCAAAGAGCUGAAGAAUGAGCUGGCCGAUAUACACCGGAAGCUGGAAGCCACUAUCCUAGAAAACCAGUUUCUGAAGCAGCUUCAGCUCAGGCACCUGAAAGCCAUAGGGACAUACGUGAACUCUCAGAACAAUCUACCUCAGAUUACAGUCAAGCACCAGAAUGAGGUGAAGAACCUUCGACAGCUCCUCCGGAAAUCCCAGGAGAAGGAGCGAGCUGUGUCCAGGAAACUCCGAGAAACCGACAGCGAGUUACUGAGGACCAAAGAUGCCUUGCAAGCCCUGCAGAGACUCUCAGAAGACAAAAACCUUGCAGAGAGAGAAGAAUUGACUCACAGGUUGACCGAUCUUACAGCCAAAAUGGAAGCAAAUGACAAAAAAAUACAGAACUUGGAAAAGCAGCUGCGGCUGAACAAUCGGUCCUUUAGUCGGCAGCUGGCCAAAGAAAAUCGGAAGACGUUAGCAGCUCAAACAGCAACCAAGGCCCUGCAGGCAGAAGUGCGACAGCUGCAGCAGAAGCUGAAGGAGAAGGAUCGUGAGCUGGAAAUCAAAAACAUCUACACUAAUCGAAUACUUAAAAACUUACAUGAUAAGGAAGAUUACCCGAAAGUUUCUUCCACAAAAUCAGUCCAAGCAGACAGAAAAAGUUUGCCAUUUGUAAAUGUGAGACACCAGGAAACCCAAAAGUCAGACGUCCCAUUUUGGAUAACUAAGGAUAAAAAGGCAAAAGGAAACAUUGUUCAUAAAGAAAAGUCAACAGAAAUAAACCAUGAUAUUUCUUACCAUGUGCGUAAACUGCCAAGGCAAGAGGAGUCUAAGAGAAAAUGUGAAGCAAACCUCACGGUCUUAAAGAACAUGCCAUCCCCUCGAGUGUCCUGGGAACAGGUGGCCACUGAGCAGAUCUGUGCCUUCCAUCUAGAAUGUCACUCCUGUACCCAGACAGAUUUAUCAAAGGAGGUCGAACACCCGAAACCACAAACCUCCCUGGAAACUCCUAGGAGACCGAAAGAGAGAAAGGAAGACCAAGAAAAGAGAGCCAUCCCAGAAGAAGCAGAGCCAACUGCAAAGGGGAGCGAGGUCCCCGAGGAUGCUGAGGAUAAGGCCCUGGCCAGGGCGGCCUGCGAUGUAGGAGAUGCGGGCGAUGCAGGUGAUGCAGGAGAUGCGGACCAUGCAAGUGAUGCCGGCGAUGUCCGCGAUGUCGUCGAGGACAGCGAGGUGAUUGGGGCGCACGAGCUGCCCGGGGCGAACCAGGCAGGCGAGGUGCAUGGGGCGAGCGAGGCCGGUGAUGUGGAGCCCGGACGCGGCCGGAGGAAGACCCCGCGGUCACGUAAGCACUACUCCUUCACCGAGGCCACCGAGAACCUGCACCACGGGCUGCCCACCUCCUGCAGACAAGCCUCGGGUAGCCCGCACUGCCGCUGCCGCCACUGCACGGGCAAGCACCGCAGCGAGCAGGAGCUGCGGCUGGAGCCUGCUGGCUACGAGCCCUCAUUCGGCAAGGCGGCCAGGACCAGGGCCAGGGCGACGGCAUUCCGCGACAGAAAGAGCAGCCUCAUGGAGGAGCUGUUCGGCUCCGGCUUCGCGGGCAGGGCGGGCCCCAACGACGGCGAGGCGCCCAGCAAGUCCCCGCAGCCCGGGCCCCAGGCCUCGGCCGGCAACGCCUUCGGGGACUCCAAAGCCACCGUGGCGCGCUCCAUCCAGGCCUCGCCCCCCGAAGCCAACAGGAAGACUGCUGUUUAAAUGCAGCAGUCGCCUGUUACAUUCUGGUUUAUAUACUAGUUAUGUGCCUUAAUCUUAUUUACCAUAGUGUCUGUUUUAGUACUUGGGUGGACUGUGGGUAAUUUGGGUAAUUUGUGUGAUUGCUAUCUAAUAAAAAAAAAAAUCCACUGUACCUUGGUCAUAUGGUGACAUUUUAAAUACAAAACUACAUCUUUAUUAUGAAGGCGGAACAUCCAUACCCACUCUUUUUAGUAAGACUGGGUUUAUUACGUAAUCCGGGACUCACAGUUGAUUCUUGGCCAGCCUAAGGUGCAUACAUUCUGUCAGCAAGACUGCAGUCGUCACAACUAUAUGGAAGAGGUCUGAUCAACAAGCUGGCCAGCAGACACAGACACCCCAAGGGUUCAGGCUUAGCCUGUCAUUGCUGGUAGUCUCUUGUCAGCUGAGCUGAGAGCACCUAUGCCGCCUGCCUCUCUGAGCCUGUAUAGAAGUCUGUAUUUUUUGUUAUUGUUGCAAUUUAUUAUUUCUUUUUGUUACACAAUGACCGUUUCUCUUAAUCUUGUUCUAAAACAACUGUAUGUCCAAGCUGGCUGCUCAGGUCUAAUUCUAACAGUAUUUUGUUGGGACUAUAAAGGGUCUGUAUUCCCAGUCUA